UUUACUACCGUAUGCGGUUUCGGCUGGCCGCGUGGACCCUCCUCCUCACCGAAUGAGAGGCAAAGCUCGGAAAUGCUUCUAACUUCACAAGUUUUCUGUUAUUUAUUUGUUUAGUAUUUUAUGUUUCUGUUAAUAGUUCAGAGUGGCACUUUAUUUGGAGUGUGUACAGUUUGUUGCUGCAUGCGGAGAGUUUGACGAGCCGCGGCAGUUCAUGCAGGAGUCUGAGAGAGACACUGGAGCAGCAGCACCUGGUUGACAUGAACUUCCCGCCAAGCAAGAGACUGAAGGGCCAUCAGGUACCAGCUGAACCCGACCCGUUCGACGAUGACAUCGGUUUCACCCAGGACGACCUGGAGCAGAUUGACAUCAUCGCGUCGCAGGCCGUCCCCGGAGACGGCAGGUCGAAGAGAACGUUUGCUUCUGUAUUCGCUUGCGCUGAUGAGGAAAGCAAAGCACCUGUGAAAUCCGGCCGGAAAACAUUUGCCAUCGGAGACGGCUGCAGCCCGAACAACAAUAAAGAAGUGCAAAGAAAAGAUGUGUUCGCGGACGGACGUUCCAGUAAAGAUGGAGAAGAUCUGUUCUAUAAGCAGUUAGAGCAACAGCAAGCAGACCUGAAGAAAAAGCUGAAGGAGGUGGAGGAGGAGAUCCUGAUGAAGAACGGAGAGAUCCGAGUGCUGCGUGACUCCCUGAAACAGAUCAAUCAGAGGGAGCAGCAGCAGCAGACCCAGCUCGCCCUGGAGAAAGGGAAAGCUCGCGCUCGGAGCGAAAGCGAGAAGGAGCUGUCCAGGAAGAUGCAGUCGCUGCAGUCAGAGUUGCACUUUAAAGAAGCCGAGAUGAAUGAAAUGAAAGAGAAACUUCAGAGCGCUGAGCGCGGAGGAAAGAAGCCCGGCACACCUGCACCAAACAUUGUUCACUCUCCUGCGAGUCAAGCGUUCAUGACUAAAGAAAACUUCUCAGCCAAAUUCUCCAAGAAAACAUCUCCUGUCAAAAAAGGCCAUUUAUUAGAGCACAUUUCCUGUCUGCUGACAGAAGAGCCACGAUUGGACCGAACCCUUGGCUCCGAUCACCAACCAGAAGGCUGUGUGUUACUGAAGCUGCUGCUGCAGCAGCCGCUGGAUCCGAGCGCUUUGGGUCUGUGUCACCUGCUGUCCAUCAGCCCGGACGCUCUGCCAAACAUCCCGUCACAGCACGGAUACAUCAGCCUGGGAUCUUUGGCAACUUCCAGCUCGUCCUCCACAGAAUUCAGAUCGUUUCACCGUCCUCAAGCUCAGUUCCACCAGCUGCAGAGUCUGGCUGCGUCUGCUCUGUCCGCGUUAGCUCUCCAUCACCCCCAUAGUGUCCCACAUAACCCAGACGCUGCUCUCCAAAUCACCCAGCGCUCCUGUCCGUCCGCGGUGCACUUCCUGCCCCUGCUCAGCUUCCACAUCAGCACAUACUGUCAGUCGCUGGAGAGCUCAGCGAGGGCCUCGCUCCACGGCAGCUCUCCGUCGGGAUCGUCUGACUCCAGUCUGGAGGAGUCUCUCAGCGGACAGGAGGAGCUCGCCCUGGCCGCCCUGAAAGCGCUCUGUCAUAUAGUGUGCUACAGCAGCGAGGCUCUGGAGGGGGUUUUGUGUCAUCAGGAGGACGUGAACCAGCCACAGGGUUCGAAAAAUCUCCUCAGCGCCUAUGAACAUCUGAACGGGGAGACGCAGACACAGCUGCCUCUUCUCAGGAGGAUCCUACAGCUGGCAGAUCCGGCCUUCAUUACCUCCGCUGGCCAGAGGCAGGCGCUAGUGAGCGCUAGUUUGAAGACGCUUCGUUUGCUGGCUGAGAGAGCGCAGGACAACCAGCUCUUGAGACUCCAGGUGGUGAUGUCAAGUCAAGUGUUGUCUAAAUGUCUGACUCUGGAGACGUCCUACAGAACUGUCCAUCUGUGUGUGAGAUUUCUGUCGUUUAUCAUCUAUAAUGAAGAGAUGGCCACUAAACUCUGCUCACAUGAAUAUCCAUGUACUUUCCUCAAAAUGUUCCAGUACAUCACCUCUAGACCGGAUAAAUCCGCUUCUGAGGAUGAGUGGUCUCGUUUAGAACUAGAGUUCAUCCGGUUAUUAACCAAACUGUUCACACAGAAGACAGGAACAUGGGCGGCUCUGUGUGAAUCAUCCUGCCAGUGUAUUAAUGAGGUGGUGCGGACAGUUGUUGUGGUUUUACACAAACAAUGGCUGAAAACAAAAGGCAGAGGAAGUCACACAGUGGGUAAUCGGAGCUGGACGAGUCCUGGAUUGCAGGUACUGCGAGAAGCUCUGAUGUUACUGCACUGGCUAUUGUUGAAGGACUCGUCUUUUUCCGAACACUGUCUGGACGUCCUGCACAUGUACGAUCAGGUUAUUCCUGCCAUCAGAGACACGUUCCGUCUGGUCCCAGAUCUGUCUGAGAGCGAAGAACUGGCUCUGGAGGAGAUCUGCAGAUCUGAAACGGAGUAUGUUGAAGACAUGGAUAUGGAAACAGGGUCAUAAUGAUCAAACACAAAGUCAAUUUUCCCU